UUCAAGAACAUGUAUCGAGGGAGAAAGAUGCUCCAGACAAAGCUAAAAUUAGGCAGAUCACGGAUGGAGUGUGUAAGUAACUUGAGUGACAAGACAAACGUAAAUGAAGAGUACAAGGAAGCUUUCAGAACAAAGUCUUAUGUCGAAAUGUGGAGCCAAGUUCAUGGCCAGCUGGAAGAAACUAGUUUUAAUAGACUCCCUUCAUCAUCUUCUAUUCCUAAUUAUCAUAUAAACCUGUCCGAAUACCUGCUAAAACCAAGGCAAGAAACACUAGACAAGAUAGAGAACUUGAAUUUUCAUCACCUUCUUCUCGACUAUUUUAAAGCUGGUUUGGAAGCUUGCGGUUUAUGCGAAUUACUCCUACGAAGCAUCCAUCAGACGCGCGUUUAUUAUCAGAAAAUUAGAAGGGUGAUCAAGAUGAGCAAGAGGAUGCAAAAUUUUUCAGAUGAGCAAUAUUGCAGCGUUCUACUCCAGGAGUUGGCUGGAUUUGCAUUACUAAAGAAUCCAUUAUCAAUCAUUAGUCCAGUGCAAUUCCAGGAAAUCCACGAGACUAACGAGGAUUUGUACCGUAAAUUAACAUCAAAACGCGAAAAGAUAAAACGGCAAGCAAAAUAUAAAAGAAUCUCCAAGCAGAUUGGGAGUCUUUGUCUAGUAAUUUCUCAUACUACGCUUGUAAUUGCCUUGCUGGUCCUUGCAUUCCACAGCAUGAUUGGAAUUAUAGCAGCACCAGGGCUUGCAGCCUGCUUCUUUGGCAUAAGGAAGAAGAAAAAAAGUAAGUCAUCAUCUAAUCAGCAAGGGUUUAAGACAAGCUUGGUUGAAAGACUUGGUGCACAGAUUGAUAUCUCAGCCAAAGGGAUUUAUAUUUUGAUCAAUGAUUUCGAUACCAUAAGCAGACUGGUACGGAAUCUGUAUGAUGAGAUAGAGCAUUAUAAAGCUAUAGCUAGCAUGUGCAUUAGAAAUGGGAAAAUUGAGGUACUGAAGGAGGUGGUAAGAGAAUUCUGUAUGCACGAUUCCAGCUUCUUGGAGCAGCUUAAAGAGCUUGAGGAACAUACAAAAUUAUGCUUUCACACAAUUAACAGAUCGAGAGGGCUCGUUAUACAAGAAAUAAUUGAUGCCCAACCACAUGAAGACAGUGAUCAUGGUAAAAUUAAGGCAAUCACUUUGACACUAAAUGCGGCUUUACAGUCAUCAAGCGCCAAGAAUUGUCCCAUUGUUUGUGUUUGCAAGUAUACAGGCCCAUUUACUUUAUGGGUUUUUCUGAACUUUGAGCAUUUGUUUCUUAAAUGA